AUGGCCGGCGCGCAACGGCCGCGCCGCGUCGCGCGUGCCGCCCUCCAGACGCGCGCCGCCCCCUCUGACCCUCGCGACGCCGGCGCCGUCUCUGACGGCCCCGCGAUCGCCUGCGACGGCGUUGCCGUCCCCUCUACCGGCCCCUCCGCUGCACUUGACGGCCCCGCCGUCCCCUCUGCCGGCCCCGCUGCUGCACCCGACGGCCCCGCUGUCCCCUCUGCCGGCCCCACCACUGCACCUGACGGCCCCGCCGUCCCCUCUGACGGCCCCGCCGCUGCACCUGACGGCCCCGCCGUCCCCUCUGACGGCCCCGCCACUGCACCUACUGGCCCCGCCGCUACCCCUGACGGCCCCACUGCUGCACCUGCAGGCCCCGCCGUCUCACCUGCCGGCCCCGCUGCUCAACUGCGCCGCCCCAGCAGCCGAGCCGCCCCAGCAGCUGAGCAGCCCCAGCAGCCGAGCCGCCCCAGCAGCCGGGCCGCCCCAGCAGCCGAGCCGCCCGAGCCGCCCGAGCAGCCCAGCAACCGAGCCGCCGAGCCGCCCGAGCCGCCCGAGGCGCCUGCACUGCCCUGUCUGUGGGCCACACGCGAUGCUGCUGCACGUCUUGCUGUGCGUCGCCACCUCCCUCCCUCUGAGCGUGCACACUUUGGGUCGUACAAGAGUGCUCAAACCCUGUACGACGCCGUUAUUGCACGCUACUCCUCCCCUGCCACUGCUGCACUGAGCCGCCUCAUGCUACAGUACCUCUUUCCCGACCUUACUUCUUUUGCCACGGUCACCGACCUCAUUACCCACCUGCGCACUAGUGACGCUCGCUUCCGCGCUGCGCUUCCUGCUGAGGACGACUUACUCUCAGUCUGCCCCACCACUCUCACUGUUGACCUCCUCGAGAAGUCCCUCCUAGCAGCCGAGAAGAGCAUUCUCGCUGUAGGGGCCUCUCGUGGUGACCCGCGCACCCCCAUCUUUGAGGGGUGUUCCCCCUCCCCCCUCCUUCCCUCUGUCGCCUCUGCUGCUACGGCCGACCUAGUUGGUUUUGAGUCGGUCGGUGCGGCGUCUGCCCCCAGUGGGAGACGUCGCUCUGGCAAGGGCAAGGGGGGCAGGAGCGGUGGUGGAGGCGGCGGGGGUGGUGGAGGCGGCGGUGGAGGCAGCGGAGGAGGUGGGGGUAGUGGCGGGAGUGGUGGCGGGAGUGGAGGUGUCAGCGGCGGCAGUGGAGGCGGGGGCGGCAGCGGCGGUGGUGGUGGGAGUGGAGGCGGAGGCGGCGGUGGCGGCGGCGACGGUGGGAGUGGUGGUGGCAGCGGAGGAGGUGGCGGCGGCGGCGGAGGAGGCGGCGGCGGAGGUCGUGGCUCGUCGCAGAGGAGUGGCUUCGGUGGUGGUCAGCGCCAGCAGCAGCGGCAGCAGCGUGGUCAGGAGACCCUCUCCCCGCAGCAGCUCUGUGAGUGGUACGCUGCACGUCAGAGGGGUGGGGGUACUGGUCCGUGCACCUACGUCCUGCGCACUGGCGACCGUGCGGGGCAGGAGUAG